GCCAACUUUUGAUGCAACUAAUCGCCUCUAGAUUUGCCUGGCAAAUCGCCUCGUGUGAACUCCUUUUAAACAAAACGGGAAGUAGAAAUGAAAUUAAGCAAAUUUUAUGAGGAAGAAUCGCAACUGUUAUGCUAAAGCAAACAGCAUCCUUUUCCAGUUUUCCUAAAUUUCUGAUCCGCCGGAAAUGGCAACGCAACUUUUCCCACCUACCACCAGCUGAUUACAAAAACGUGUACGCAAAGCAAAUUAAGCAAAAGAUGGAGUUGGAAGUUAUAUCUGAUACAAAAGCGCAGGACACAUUAGAUCCUCCAGCGAACAGUGUUAGUGCACCUGGGCGCGUAAUAAAGGAGCGCAGCGCUGAAAUUGUUGCUGGCGGCAGCGUCUUCUACAAUCCGGUGCAGGAGUUUAAUCGUGAUUUAAGCAUUGCUGUACUCAAUGUAUUUGCAAGACGCCUGCUCAAAGAAAGAAAAAAAGAAGCGCAUACAAUUUCAAAAGAAUCAGGAGAAAAUGCUACAGGUGACGCGGUGAACGGAGAAAAUGCGCUCUACACCGCCGGAGUCAAAUACGAAAAUGGCAUUCGCAUAUUGGAAGCACUUUCUGCAACGGGUUUGCGUAGUAUUCGAUAUGCAAAAGAAAUCGCUGGAGUUCGUGAAAUUAUCGCCAAUGACCUUUCCAAGGCGGCAGUUGAUUCCAUACUUGAAAAUGUACGGCACAAUGGCGUUGAAAAUUUAAUCGAACCAAGCCAAUCGGAUGCCAUGACUCUAAUGUAUCUAUCUACAUCUAAUCAUAAGCGCUUUGAUGCUAUAGAUCUGGAUCCGUACGGGUGUCCAAAUCGUUUCCUAGAUGGAGCUGUACAAUCAAUAACCAACGGCGGAUUACUGCUGGUAACAGCAACGGAUAUGGCAGUUCUAGCUGGAAACACACCCGAAGCAUGCUAUGCCAAAUAUGGAUCUGUACCGUUGCGCAUGAAAUGCUGCCAUGAAAUGGCUUUACGCAUACUGCUACAUAGUAUAGAGACGCAUGCAAAUCGCUAUGGAAAAUACAUUGAACCGCUUUUAAGCAUUUCGGCCGAUUUUUAUGUACGGGUCUUUGUAAGGGUGCAUAGCAGUCAAGCAAAGUGUAAAUAUAGUAUGAGCAAGCAGUCGGUAAUCUUCCAAUGUACCGGUUGUGAUACAUUUACUCUGCAGCCGAUGGGCAAUGUAAAAACCAAUACCACAGACAAAGGCCAGACUCAAACGAAAUUUGGAAUUCCCACAGGACCAUACAUCGGCACGAACUGCGCCCACUGUGGGCAUAAGCAUCAUAUGGGCGGCCCACUUUGGUCUAACCCCAUACAUGACAAGGACUUCGUGAACGAAUUACUGCAAACAAUAGAGCAAAAGCCGCUUUCUGACUUGGGCACACAAAAGCGCUUGCAAGGUGUCUUAUCUGUGGUGCAUGAAGAACUACACGACGUCCCUUUAUACUAUGUAUUAGAUAAACUUUGCUGUGUACUAAAGUUGGAAAAUAUACCGGUGCUCAAAUUUCGCUCCGCGCUUUUACAUGCAGGCCACCGUGUUUCGUUUUCACAUGCCUGCAAAAAUUCAAUUAAAACCGAUGCACCCGCAGCAGUCCUGUGGGAUAUUUUGCGAUGUUGGGCCAAAAGGCAUCCAGUAAAAUCUGAUCGUAUGGUUGAGGGCACACCGCUUAAAGCUAUAUUGGAACGAGAGCCUGAGAAAGAGUAUAUUUUUGACGACAUACAUCCUGAGGCAAACCCCAACAGCCGACGCAAUGCAUUAACACGUUUCCAAGCAAAUCCAACCGCACAUUGGGGACCGGGCACAAGGGCGACUAUAAUGAUUGGCCAAGACAAGGUAGCAAAGAGUCAUCGUAAUCAAAACAAAAAACAAAAGCAAAGAGACCAUAUAAAUUGCACACCUUCUGAAAAGAGCGAUGAAGAACAAAGUAAGAGCAAACAACCAAAACUAGAAGCGUGAUCCGACAUUUGAUUUAUUUAGUUAUAUUUUUAUUGAUCGGAAAUACAAUAAAAAAUAUUGUAGGUUAACUUGGA